GUGCCUGCCGCCGAUCUUUCCGACCAAGUCCCUGAUACGGAGAGUGAAACAAAGAUUCUUCAUCCUUGUCCUGCUGCUACUGGUGCUGGUGAAGCUCCUGCUUCUUCUGGUAAUUGUGGUCCUGUUGGUGUUGAAGGAGCUAAGGGUGAUCGUGGUGCAGAAGUGCCUGCCGCCGAUCUGUCAGACCAAGUCCCUGAUACGGAGAGUGAGACAAAGAUACUUCUUCAAGGUACUCCUGUUUCUCAGUGCAUUAAUGGUAAAAAUAAAGAUGAUCAGCCUUGUCCAGAGAAACAAUGUGAACAAACAACACCUGAUAAGUGUCGUCCUUCUGCUGUGGAACAUGGAGAUAGUGGUGACACUUUGGAGUGCCCUGAAGGUGAAGAACGAGGGAACCAAGACUGCAAAACUCAAACCAGGGCGGGGCCUACUCCAGAAGAAGUUCAUAAGGAAGAAGAACCGCAUGUUCCUCCCAAAGCACCUGAAGAAAAGGAACCUAAAGAUCCUAGUGAAGAUGGACGUAGUGGUCCCGGUGGUACUUCUGGUCCUCGUGCCGGAACUGCUGAAAUGGGUGUCGCUGGUGUUCGUGGUCAAGUGGGUGAGACCGGCUCUUCCGGUUCUUCUGCUGGUGGUUCUGGUAAUGGUGAUAUUCCAGCACCUGGUGAUUCUGCUAAACCUAAUGCAGAUGUCAGUGCGGCUGAUGCUGCAGGUGAAGUGCAAACUGAAGGGGGCGGCAACAAUGCAGGAGGUGAAAGGGCGGCUACCCAAGGAAGUGGAGCACCACAACCUUCUUCUUCUACCAGUAGUUCAACCACGGGGAGUGCCAUUGAAUCUGAAACUGAAACAACAGAGAACGGCAAUACAUCUGCAGAGAGUGCAUCAACAAAUACCCAAGAAGAGGUUGAAGACAAUACAGAAACAACUAACUCAACUACCACCACCACAACAACAACACUUCCUCCUGAACUCACAAACAACAAGAAGGGUGAUGCAGACAACAGCAGCAGUAUCAGCAGUUCUGUGUGGGUGCGUGUGCCACUACUGAUUGUGGUUACACUGGCCUGUAUUCUU